CAGGUCAUCAAUUUUACACCCACAAACUCUUACCUGGAUGACUGUUUGUUCAAUCAAAUGGUAGUACAUGCUCAGAAACAUCCCAACAAGCCCAGAAGUGCAGAGGGUUGGAUUUUAAAGGGAUCAAAUUACCAUAAACCAACCUGUGUUUCAGCCACAUUUGACAGCCUUGUAAAGCUUGGAUUUUUGAGAAAAGAGCGCAGAAAUCUUGGAACUUGUGUCAAAUAUCCGACUGUGAAUCCAGGUAUUGUUACUUGCAUUGUAGCACUAAUUCUCUUUCCCAAUGUGAGAUAACCUAACACUUGAGUCUUGGAUUCUGGAUUCCUCUCUGUGGAUUGCAGAUUCCAAUCAUUGAUGGCCAAUUCAGGAUUCCUUGUCGAGCUGAAUUCCCGGGAUUCCGUAUUCCACAAGCAAAAAUUUGCUGGAUUCCUGAUUCCACAGUCAAAAAUUUGCUGGAUACCGGAAUCCAGAUUACCUUAUAUAGGGCUAAAUUCUCCCUACCAUUCAUCUGCACCUAUCAAAAGUAGAAUGAUGAAAUUUAUUUAGCUCGUUGCAUUGAUACUAUCAAUAGGUCCUUUGUGCCCAGAAGUUGGAAUGACUUUAGACUGUUCAUAGUCCUCAUUUUUUUGUAAGAUCCUUAGGAUUGAGUGCUUAGUGGUUAGGGCAGCCAUCUUGGUUUCAUAUGUACUGAGGGGGCGAGGCAUCGAAGUUUAUAGCUGUAGAUUUGACACUCAUCCAAGAUGGUCACUCGUAAUGCAAAGUUUUCGAUCUCAACAAUCUCGUGAAAACAUAGGGGACAGUGAACAAUCUAGAAUGACUUAAAUUACUAGGUGAAUGUCAGAUUGAUCAAUUUCUGUUGUAGAUUUUAAAAAGUUUCACUCAAUUAAGUUCCUUAAGUCUUUUAUUAACAUAUCUGUUGCAAUUUUUGCUGAUCUUUUGUAUACAUUUUCUAACACUAUGGUUAGGUUUCAGAGAUAUCAGCUUAUCUUACGUUACUCGGUAGAUCAAAAUCGAUCAAAAUCUAAACUUAAUAGACUGUAUGUAUUCAUGAAGAGUGUAUUGUGUGACAUAUGUUUGUAUGUAUGUGACUGCAAGUGUUUGUCAUCAGUCAGCCUGAUUUAUACAGUUAAGCCCUCUGUUAGUAUUUUCUUCAUAAUUUUGCAAGCCCAGGUAGUCUGCUAAUGAAGGAAUCAUCUUUUAGAGCCACAGAACACACUUGUCAGGGAAGUGAAGAUGAUUGCUCUCGCAGGGCAUGCUGCCGAUGGCUUUACCUGGAUACUGCUGAAGCUUGCUCGCUUUUCAGACUCACUGUUCAUUGGUGGUGCACCGAUGUUGAAGCACCAUUUCAGCAAAGAAGAAUACAGAGAUGCUAAGAAAAAUAUAAAAGAGUUGGUUGACGUAAAGAAGGAUUCUAUCAGAAAAAAUGGAAAACGGAGAAAAGACCUUGAAUCUGAUAACUUGUUUUAA